AAAAGAAACUAAAAAUCCGAAUAUAAUCUACAUUUAUUGACAUGUUGCGUUAGCUCUUUCAGUGUAAACCUACUCUCGAGAAAAAACAGAGAGCUUCAAGGAGACAUCAUAUCAUCAAUGGAGUUUGACCUCGAAAACCCAUUGCCGAUUUGCCAUCAUGCCCUUCCCUCCGACACCACCGUUUACCUAUUCAACGUCGAAUCUGAUCACAUGCCUGCAACGACGUAUCAUCACACCCUCGUUUCCGCCGCCGCAGAUUUUCACUUCUCCGUUCGCCGCGAAACCAUCUCUCUCAUUCUUCAACUCUCCCGUCGCUACGACGCCGUCACAUGCUAUCUCGCUGUAAACUACGUCGACCGCUUCCUCUCCUUCCAUCCCUUACCGGAAGGGAGGCCAUGGAUCCUGAAGCUUGUUGCAGCUUCUUGUGUCAUUUUGGCUUUGAAGAUGAGAAAAGCAGAGUUUUCAGUUUCUGAUAUUCAGCAAGACAGCGGUGUGAUAUUUGAUUUAGAAACAAUCGAGAGAAUGGAGAUGUUGAUUCUGGGAACAUUAAAAUGGCGAAUGCGGUCGGUGACUCCAUUCUGUUUCCUUAAUUUCUUCAUCUCAUUCUUCAAAUUCAAAGAGCCACCAUUGCGCCAAGCUCUCAAGGCCAGGGCGACAGAGAUCAUCUUCAAAUCACAAACUGAAAUCAAUUUACUCAAGUUCAGGCCAUCUAUAAUCUCUGCAUCAGCUCUUCUCUCCGCCUGCGAUGAACUCUUCCCCCUACAGUUUCAUUGCUACAGAAAUGCAAUCUUAAACAGCCCAUAUGUAAAUACUGAAAAUUUGGUAAGCUGUUACGGGGUGAUGCAAGAGAUUGCAAGGAAGGGGUACGAGUCAGUGAUGGAGAGCAAUAUGGUAUCGAGCUCGUCGACGCCGGUGAACGUUCUUGAUUUGCAAUGCUGGAGUUGGGAAAACGACGGGAGCGACACGACGGCGGCAGGAGGUGCAGAAAACAGUGGCUGCAGUGGCGGGGAGGUGGUGGCCACCGGGCGCGAAAGGGACUUGAAACGGCGAAAAUUUGAUCGGUUCAGCCUGCAGGGCAGAUGCAACAAAAAUGGUAGCAGCAGCAGCAGCUAAGAUGAGGUGCGUGAUGCAUAGAGACAGACCCCACAGCGCCUUAGGAGUCUGGCCCAUUCGAGAGCGACCCUAGACUGGAAUUUCAUCGAACACCUUAAAAGCAUUCCAAAAUAAUUCAAAGAAACAAAAAGAAAAAAAAAAAAAAAGUUGGAGAUGGAGAUGGAGCUUUAAUCUUAGCGACUGAAUUGAAUCUCAUAGGCCAAAGGGCAGAGACCAUUAAAGCCUUUCGGUGUUUUUUGGCUUUGGAUGUUUGGAGGCCUGUUUGGUUGGUGACUUUACUAUUUAUCACUCUGGAAAAGAGCAGAAAGUUGAGGAAAAAAUAUUAUUUAAGAAAUGCAAAGAAGGUGGUGGGGGGUAGGGGGGGGUGGGGGGGUUAGGGGGGAGAAUAAAUAGAUUUGUUGUUUUCUUUUUGUUUUCUUGGAAGGAGAAAAAGUGGGCAAAGACAAAAUGGCACUUUGGCUCUAGGGUUGAUCUUGUAUGCCAUUUCUAAGAAUUAAGGUUUUGGCAUGUAGGGUACUUAUGUUUCCUAACUAUGUGAAUUAUAGGAAAUAAUUUUUAAUUCCAUUUUCUUGUUUGCCCAUGAAAAAAAGUAGUGUCAUUCUACUUUUUAUGUUCUUCUUUACCUAGUAAAUUAAUGAGCUAAUUCUAUUUUUAUCCUAAA